AUGCCGGCCUCACAACUAUCGCAGCUCAAGGCUGCGCUAUCAGGAGCUGGCCUAGACCGGAAAUCCGUCAGCAAAAAGGACAAGAAGGCGUUCAAGAAGGGUGGCGCGAGGGAGACGGACCGGCAAAAGAAGUUUGACAAGCUGGAUGAUAUCCGGAAGGGGUUGAACAAGUUUGACGAGCGGGAGACCAAGACCAAGCACGAUGUCGGCGGUCGUGUGCUCAAGGGCGUUGUCGGGAAGCCGAGUGCGAGCAAGCAGGCUGGAUUGGAACAGCGCAAGAAGAACCUCUUGCCCGAGCAUCAGCUCCGAAACCACACCGGGACAUUCAACGACCGUCGAUUCGGUGAGAACAAUCCGGGCCUUUCAGUCGACGAACGAAUGCAAGAGCGAUACACUCGCGAGCGGCAACGCGGGCAGGGCAAGAAGGGGAUGUUCAAUCUCGAAGACGAUGAGGAUACGGACCUCUUUGGCUUUGACGAGGGGACAGCUCUCGGAGGCUUGACCCAUGGCGGCCGGAAUGUCAUGGACUUGCAGGGGGAUGACUUUAUGGCGCAAGGCCUGGGAGAGGACGAGGAGGACGAUGGGGAGAGGGGGAACAUCAAUCGCAGGGUGGUAGACCGGACGCACUUUGGUGGAUUUGAGGAGCAGGAGGGAGGGGAGGAGAGGAAGAAGAGCAAGCAGGAAGUCAUGGCGGAGGUUAUGGCCAAGAGCAAGGAGUACAAGUUUGCUCGUCAGCAGCAGCAAGAGAUCGACGCUGGGAUGCGAGAAGCCCUCGACGCAGAUAUGAACGACCUACACGCACUUCUCGCUGAAUCCGCCCCGACCAAAUCUACCGUCUCUCUCCCAUCGACCGCCGGCCCAUCACGCAUCCCGGAUGUCUCCACUCAUCCCAAAGGCGUCGACGGGGAAUAUGACCAGCUCGUCCGCGAGCUUGCCUUCGAUACGCGUGCCAAGCCCAAGAACCGGACCAAGACGGAGGAAGAGCUGGCGGUGGAAGAGAAGGAGCGCUUGGAGGCGGCCGAGGCGAAGCGUCUGCGCCGGAUGAGAGGGGAGGAGAGUGAUGAUGAGGAUGAGGGGAGUCGGAAGAAGCGGAAAAAGGAGAAGAAGGGAGAUGCGGAUGAUCUCGAGGAUGAUUUUGAUGAGGAUGAUCUGCUGGGGCCGGGGUUGACGAGGGAGGGGAUUGAGAAUAUGAAGGUGCCGAAAGUGACGGAUGUGGAUGAGAGCGAUGAGGAGGAAGCGUCAGAAGAGGGAGAUGAAGAGGAGGGAGAUAGCGGUGAAGAGGAGGGCAGUGAGGAUGAGGAGGAGGAAGACGACGAGGAUGAGGACGACGAGAGCGAGGCGUCAUCGAUGGCAGAUCUGGAUGAGGAGGAAGGUCUGGAAGGGGAGGACGACGAGAUGACGGGAGAGAUCGUCAAGGGGAAGAAGCGAUCGUCUUCCUCUGCCAAGGGCAAGUCGAAGGAGAUCCCCUUCACUUUCCCCUGCCCGUCCACCAUCGAGGAGUUCGAGGAUAUCCUGGAAGACCUGGACGAUGAAGUCUACCCUACAGUCGUCCAGCGUAUCCGAGCCUUGCAUCACCCCAGUCUCGCCCAGGGGAACAAGGAAAAAUUACAGGAAUUCCUAGGUGUCCUCAUCGACCUGAUCCUCCUGCUCGCCUCCCGCCCAACCCCCGCCUUCUCCCUCAUCUCCUCCCUCCAACCCCACCUUAUCGCCCUUGUCAAGCUCAACCCAAUCACCGCCGCUUUCCACUUCACCGCCAAGCUCUCCCUGAUGCAGAAGAACCUCACCCGCGGUCUCGCCCGGAAUCCGAACGAUCCGGCUGCCAAGACGUGGCCUGGUGCUGCCGAGCUAGUUCUCUUGCGGAUCAUAGGGAGCGUAUGGUCCACGAGCGACUUUAGCCAUCCCGUCGUCGUACCGGCGGUGUUGCUCAUGGGGCAAUAUCUGAGUCAGGCGAGAAUACGCAGCGUGUCGGAUCUAGCGGCGGGAUUGUUCUUGGUCUCCAUUCUGGCUCAGUACGAAGCCGAGUCAAAGCGGAUCGUACCCGAAGCGCUCAACUUUAUCGCCGCUUCCGUUCUCGCCCUCCUCCCUCGGCGCAAAGAUGCCACCGCAGUCUCGACCUACCCGGAAUUACAAGCACCAUCCACCAAUCUCUUCAUCGUCUCCUCUCUCGCUUCAUGCCCACAAGAGCCCGUCGACCUGGCUCAGUGCUUGUCAGCUUCAGCAGAGAGCACCGACGCAGAGAUCGACCAGUGCAAGGUCGACCUCCUGGCCGCCGUGCUGCGUCUGACCGAGACGUACGCGAUGAUGUAUACCAACAUUGAUGCGUUCAUCGAGCUCUUCCGGCCAAUCCAGGCCAUACUGGAGUCCAGCCGGAUAGCCAAGCUAUCCUCAGCCGUCAAGACCAAGCAUCAGACCAUCCUCUCCACCCUGACCCGUCAACUCCACUUCGCCUCCACCGCACGCCAGCCCCUCGCGCUCCAAGCCCACAAACCCCUCGCCAUCCGCUCCCACACACCCAAGUUCGAAUCCGAUUUCGCGCCUGGAAAGCACUACGACCCGGACGUCGAGCGGAACGCCACGGCCAAGCUCAAGUCGCUCUACAAGAAGGAGAAGAAGGGUGCUAUUCGGGAACUGCGCAAGGACAACCGGUUCCUCGCGGGUGUCAAGGCUGGGGAGGCGAGGGAGAAGGAUGCGGGAUACAGGGAGAGAAUGCGCAAAGUGGAGGGAAGUAUACAGGUGGAGAGGGCGGAAGAGAAGGAGAUGGAAAGGGAGAAGAAGAGGGAGAAGAGGAGGGCGGGCAAGUAG